UAUGUAAUUUUUUUUUUUAUCUUUUUCUACUUAUCUCUCAUCUUUUUUCCUAACCAUUUUUCAUUUUCUUUCUUACUUUUUCUCAUCUCCUCUCACUUACGAACAAUCUCGAACACUAUCCGAAGAAAAAAAAAUCCUCUCAAUAAAAAGCUACUACUGUGAAAGCUGUCUUAUUUCACAAUCUGAACAGUUAGAUGAAGUCUCUUCCCAAGAUUUGGAAGUUGCUACUGCUAAAUAUCAAGUCGAAACCGUAGAGGAGAGAAGGAAGUUCGUGAUUUUUUUGAUAUGGUUGACAUUUAUUUUAGGAAACAUUUUAUUUGUUACCCAAUAAUAUUUAUGUUAUCCGACGAGCUAGCUCAACUGGUAACACCUCAGACUCCGGUCUGAUAGGUCACGAGUUCGAGUCUCGGACGGGGAGGAGUGUCCAGGUACAGACACAGGCUAAUGGUACAGACACAGGCUGGCUCCGGGCCUAGGAGGGGAUUAGGGCCGAAGGCCCGAACCCCGCCUGGUUAAACAAAAAAAAAAUUAAAAAAAAAUAAUAAUAAUAAUAUUUAUGUUUUAGUGGAUCUUCUGUUUUAUGUCACUGUUUGAGAUAAAUAUUUUGUUAGAUACAGUUUUAUGUCGCCAUUUAGAAUAAUAUGAGGUUAGAUGUUUCCAAAUAAAUGACGUUAGUAGAUAUGGUUGCCUAUAUGAUACAUGGUUUGUUAACUGUUAUAUUAUGCUGAUACAUAAUUUAUUAGAUAUAUUUUCCUAUAUUUUUUGUUAACCGAGACAUGUCUUCGUUGCAGAUACCUCUUACUUUAUUAUGUGUGUUAUUGAUUAUUUUAACACGGUAUAUAUAACUAUGAUUAUAUGUAGUAUCAUUUCUUAGCUAAUCUUUAGCUUGUACCUUUUUGGUAUAUUAUUUGUUCGUUGAUAUGCAAUUUGUUUUUCGUGUAAUGUUUUUGUAGUGUGGCCGUUACUGAUGCAUGUAGCAUGUUAACCUAUUUAAUGUCAAUGAUAACAUUUUUAUUGGUCGUUAUCGUUGCAUGUAGCAUGUUAACAUAUAACUUAAAAUAUGUUGUCAAACAAUGUAUCAAUUAACAAAACAUAUCAACUAACAUUUUUUCUUUACCUUUGUUAGAUGAGUCCUUUGUUAUUUGUUAAACAUCGACAGUAGCAGCUGCAAUUAAAAUCAUCAGUAUAAUUUUUUUAAAAAAAUUCUAUCUUUUAGUGUUAUAUGCAGUUUAUUCUGAAAAUAUACAAAGAAACUGUAGUAGUCCAGUGGUUAUUGCUUAAAUAUUUAUCAAGAUACCAGGUUUCAAAACCCAACAUUUGUGGUUUUUUUUGUUUCUUUUAAUGAAGGGUAAGAAUGUCAUUUCUCCUUCAUCUUCUUCCAUCGACCUGCAACCCUAAAUCAGCCGAAUCAUUUUUUUUUCAACUUAUUUCUUCAAUUUUUUGGUGAUUUGCAUCAUUUAACCUUAUUUCUUUGUUAAUGAUAACAAAAUAUGAUAGAUUGAUGAUGCAAAAACCCGUAUUUUUUUGUGAUCUGAAUUUUUGUCCAUAUAAGGCAUAAACACCAUGAAGCUUGACCGUGGAACGCUAAAACGCCAAGUAAUCAGAUAAAGUCACUGCAUUUUAGAACAUUGGCUAAUAUUUCAUUAUACACAAUCUACCCAAAAUCCUACUCUUUGUCGACACAAUACAGAGACAACAUGUGGUGUAAAGCUGCGGUUGAACUGUGUGGAGGAGAAAUGAUCUAGAUUCUGACCUGUGAUUCAAACACGCUUCUGCCAUCCUGACACACCUUUUUGCUUAACAUGCUGUGUCAUUAUACGAUCGUCAAAAGAGAAGGGCAUUUUCGUCUUCUUUACUAUCAAAAGGUUUGUGGACGUAAAGACAAGAAUCAAUACUACAUUGGAGUUUGAAGUCUGAAGGCAUAUGCAAUGUGUGAUUCUGUAUCCACACACACAUUCUUUUAUGUACUUGUGAAGCUCAGGACACUCAAGAAAGUUCAGUAACAUCUCUUAAUGAUGUCUGAAGAUUUUGGCUACAACAAAGAAACUCCUUGUGAUUUUCCUAGAAACCCUCUUUGCAUCUUCCUAAGUGAUUUCAAAUCAGUUUUGAAAUUUGAUGAGCUCGGUUUGGAGAUAACAAGAAUAGCUUUACCUGCAGCACUUGCCUUAACAGCUGAUCCUAUAGCAUCUCUUGUGGACACAGCCUUCAUAGGCCAAAUUGGUCCUGUAGAGCUUGCUGCAGUUGGAGUUUCAAUUGCUUUGUUUAACCAAGUUUCAAGAAUCGCUAUCUUCCCACUCGUUAGCAUCACAACUUCCUUUGUAGCAGAGGAAGAUGCUUGUAGUUCUCAGGAAAACACAGUCCAAGAUCAUAAAGAAUGUAUUGAAACUGGUAUUAACAACACAAAGGAGGAAACUCAAGAACUUAUUCCUGAAAUAAAUAAAGAUUCCUUGCCAGAUGAAUCUAAAAUCAGUAGCAGUAUCUUUAGUGUUAAUAAAUCUUCAGUCAAGAAAAGAAACAUACCAUCAGCUUCAUCUGCUUUAAUCAUUGGAGCCAUUCUUGGCCUUCUUCAAGCUGCGUUUCUUAUAUCCACAGCCAGACCUCUCUUGAGUUUCAUGGGAGUUAAACACGAUUCUCCAAUGUUGGGACCUGCUCAGAGAUAUUUAUCUCUAAGAUCACUUGGUGCACCUGCUGUUCUUCUCUCACUUGCGACACAAGGUGUAUUCCGAGGAUUUAAAGACACAACAACUCCAUUAUACGCAACUGUGAUUGGAGAUGCCACAAAUAUAAUACUAGACCCGAUCUUCAUCUUCGUUUUUCGUCUAGGCGUCACAGGAGCAGCCACUGCUCAUGUCCUAUCCCAAUACCUUAUGUGUGGAAUACUCUUGUGGAAACUGAUGGGCCAAGUCGAUAUUUUUAAUCUGAGUACCAAACAUCUUCAGUUCUCUAGAUUCAUGAAAAAUGGAUUUCUUUUACUGAUGAGAGUUAUAGCCGUGACAUUCUGUGUAACGCUUUCCGCAUCACUAGCUGCGCGAGAAGGAUCCAUUUCUAUGGCAGCUUUCCAAGUUUGCUUGCAGGUUUGGUUAGCAACUUCACUUCUUGCAGAUGGGUUUGCUGUAGCUGGCCAGGCCAUACUAGCGAGUGCGUUUGCCAAAAAGGACUACAAAAGAGCUGCAGCUACCGCCUCUCGUGUACUGCAGUUGGGACUGGUUCUUGGGUUUCUACUCGCGAUUAUACUUGGAGCAGGAUUGCAUUUUGGAGCAAGACUAUUCACGAAAGAUGAUAAAGUCUUGCACCUCAUUGGCAUAGGACUUCCGUUUGUGGCAGGGACACAACCAAUCAAUGCCUUAGCGUUUGUAUUCGAUGGAGUUAACUUUGGAGCAUCUGAUUUCGGUUAUGCCGCAGCAUCAUUAGUUAUGGUGGCUAUAGUUAGCAUUUUGUGUUUGGUCCUACUAUCGUCGACUCAUGGGUUUAUUGGACUUUGGUUUGGUCUCACCAUUUACAUGAGUCUUAGAGCAGCCGUUGGAUUUUGGCGGAUUGGGACAGCCACAGGACCAUGGUCUUUUCUCAGGAGGUAAAGAAGGAGAAUGAAAGGGGAGGGCGUGUUUUAAUUAUUCUUUAAACCUUUUUCUAAUGAGCUUGUAGUUAAAUAAAAUACAAAGAAUAUGAAUUUGGUGUGCAAAUAUUAAGGGAUGUGGUGUACUAAAUUUGGGAAAUUGUGAUUUUUGGUAGAUUUUUGUUAUUUUGUGUU